UAUACAAGUCCUAAUUUCGGUCGUUACCUCCAUGGAGACAAGUCAGGGGAGCUGUUGCCAUUUGGCCGCCCGGCAAACGAAACAGGCGGAUGGAACUUGGCCAAGUCUCCACUCUGAAGAGGCCAGUAGAAAAUGGCCCUAAUCCUUUCUCUUUUUCAGUAUUUUCAGCAGCACGGAGGGAUGCUAUUGUUUGAGAAGAUGAAAUCAGAUCAGGGACUUUCAUUUACAGUGUUUAGUGAAGCAGAACUGGAACAAGCAACAAAUAAAUUUGACAAAAGCCAGAUUCUUGGACAUGGAGGCCAUGGCACUGUGUACAAGGGAAUAAUUAAGGAUAUCACUCCAGUGGCAAUUAAAAGGUGUGCAUUGGUUGAUGAUAGGCAGAAGAAGGAAUUCGGCAAAGAAAUACUGAUUCUUUCCCAGAUCAAUCACAAGAACAUUGUCAAGCUAUUGGGGUGUUGCCUUGAGGUGGAAGUCCCCAUGCUAGUAUAUGAGUUCAUCCCAAAAGGAACAUUUUUCGAUCUUAUUCAUGGCAAGAGCCGGAAACUGCACCUCUCUUUCAGUUCUCUUCUAAGGAUCGUCAAUGAGGCAGCUGAGGGGCUUGCAUUUUUACAUACCUAUGCAAACCCACCAAUUUUACAUGGUGAUGUGAAAACCUCUAACAUCCUUCUUGAUGAGAAUUACAUGGCAAAGGUAUCAGAUUUUGGGGCAUCUAUAUUAGCACCAACUGACAACGCUCAGUUCGUCACAAUGGUUCAAGGGACAUGUGGUUAUCUGGACCCUGAGUAUAUGCAGACAUGUUGCUUGACAGAUAAAAGCGAUGUUUAUAGCUUUGGCGUUGUUCUUCUGGAGAUCCUAACUGGGCAGGUACCACUGAAACUCGAUUGUCCUGAGGUACACCGGAGCCUGUCGUCAAGUUUCCUACUGGCUAUGAAGGGGAACAAUCUUGAUAAUAUGCUCGACAAUCAAAUAAAAGGUCAUGAGGACAUGGAGUUGGUUGUAGGGGUAGCAGAGCUAGCUAAGCAAUGCUUGGAAAUGUGCGGUGACAAUAGGCCCUCGAUGAAAGAGGUGUCUGAGGAGCUUAGCAGAUUAAGGAAACUUUCGAAACAUCCUCCGAUACAGCGUGAUACCAAGACGGAUAGCUUUCUCAGUGUAAUUGAAAGAGAACAAAGUUCUGAGUACACAGAGAAGGAUGAAAGAAUGCACAUAAAUCCAAGCAGUUUUUAUUUUAUGAGGUGAACAAAAACAGUGUGAUUUUUACGCUUUGGCACUUUCUUUGGUCAUUUAACUUUCUCCUCCUUUAGUUAUAUGUAGCAUUUUAUUGUAAGACUCUCUUGGACCCUUGGGUACUACAGAGACACACUAUAAUUUAGCAAGAUGUAUUGUAAGACUCCUCCUUUAUGUAGCAUUUUGCGAUGUUGUGCAUGAUGUAUCCCUAUCGUGCGCAUUCCCUUUUUUUAAGGAAAAAAACGAACGUACACGAUAUGAACAAUAAUGUGCGUUCCUGACAAUAAUGGUAGGCCAACUCGUGAUUAUUUCUGAAGGAUAGUAAGGGCCUGUUUGGUUCCAAUAAGUCACCUGACUUAUAAGUCAGGUGACUUAAAACCAGUGACUUAUAAGUCACGCCCGUUUGGUUGUCACCUGACUUAUAAGUCACCUGACCACACCUUUUCAUCUAGUUUUUUAUGUAAAAGUGGUGGGACCCAUGCAAAAGGGGGUGACUUAGGCCCUGUUUGGUUCCAAAU